UUAGUGUUGGUCAUUCUGUCACCGCGCGCGGCUGGAUCGGAGGAGGACAUCAGCUGGUUCGUUCCCAUCGUCGCCGUUGUCAUCGCCGUCCAUCGCAUCGGUUGUUAGACUGCCUACCUAUGUGUAGAUCUAGUGACUGUUUCAGGGAACUGUAAGUUCUAACUAACCAAACGAGGAAAGCCAUCAUCGCCCUUUAUCAAAUGUCGUUUGGCGAAGAACAUCGCUCAGUCUACGGUUGGACGUGAUCGCGAAUGGUGCCCUCUUUUGAGGAACGAAAUUCAGCAAAGGUACUCGGACCGUUGAUGGAAGUUUUUAGUUCCGAAACAGUUUAAAUUAGUUCUGGAAGAAAAAAAUCGUUGCUUGUUCGAGUAUAACGCGGAAAUCAGCAGCGCAUUGUUAACCAGGUGAAAAUUGCGGUGCUCAGAGCACAGAUCGGCAACGACAGCGACGCGACCCCCGAACCAGGCACGCCAGACCAAUAAAGUGAACCUAUUUGGUAAUGAUAAAUAUUUCCAUGCUAUGUGGAGCCACCAUUCUGCGGUUGAUUGUGCGAAGUGUUUUUGAUUGUUACGAACGCGUGAAAAACGGAAACCCCCCAAACAGCAACUGACUGACCGAGUCCGACCGAAAGUGCAAAAACGCCCAAUUGCCGGUGUGGGGCGAGAAAAGUUGGCGUGCGAUCAACACGCAAAUCCAGCAUAUCCAUCCACACGACCGUCGUCGUCCACCGGCUAGACGCGGGUUCGGAUAGUGCCACAUACAGAACAGCAGAGCAGCAGACGCAACUAUGAGGAGGGCCGCGGCGGACCCGAGAAGUGGCAGCUUUAUGCUAAUAGCAUCAAUUGUGAUAUUAUCAGUAGUACCUUAUGGACGAUGUCAAGAUUUUGGCUACGAUGGAGCUAAAGGUCCAUCUCACUGGGGCGAGCAGUACAACAGCUGUACCGGGAAGCACCAAAGCCCGAUCAACAUCAACUCGCUGGACGUGAAGAAGGUGAACCUCCCGCCGCUGGUGUUCGAUGGAUUCGACGUGCCACCGCAGCAAACGAAUUUGACGAAUAACGGACAUACCGUUGCCGUCACUAUGAAGUCCAAUCAUAUCCCAACGAUAUCAGGAGGACCGCUGAAUGGAACCUACCAGUACUCGCAGCUGCACUUCCAUUGGGGCGACAAUGAUACGUUCGGAAGCGAGGACAUGAUCGACAAUCACAUCUUUCCAAUGGAGCUGCACGUGGUGUUCUUCAAGCAGGACUACGUAAACGCUAAAACGGCUUUGGAACACCCGGAUGGUCUAACGGUAUUGGCAUUCUUCUACGAGGUAUCGGAUGACGCCAAUCCGCGGUAUGAGGAGUUUGUGACGCUGCUGGGAAGCAUCAUCAACGCUCAUAAAUCGACCACUUUUACGAAUCCACCCUCGCUGAAGGAUUUGAUCGCCCAUGACACACUUCAUUACUACACCUACGACGGAUCGUUGACGACUCCUCCGUGCAGCGAGGUUGUCACGUGGAUCGACUUCAAGGAACCGAUUUUGCUGUCGCAUUCGCAGAUCGAGGCAUUUCGCGCACUUGACGACGAGGAAGGUCACCCAUUGACCCACAAUUUUCGACCGAUACAGCCGCUGGGCGACAGGGUGGUGCUUUACAACACGGAUGAAAUCGUGAAGGACGUGGACCUGGGAGAGGGCGGCGAGCUCCCACCGAGCGAAGUGGAACAGAACGCCAUCGACGAGCCGAAGAAGGCCCACACCGGUGCUAGCAGUGCGAACGGAAGGAAGAACGGCAAGGGCAGUGGAGCUGCCGCAGCGAUGUCGAUGGGAGUCAGCUGGUUGGUGCUGGCCACCGCCAUGGCCAAGAUCGUUAGUUCCUUCGAUCGAUGCUAGACUUAUGUUAGGGCGUAAGCAAUUCUCCUCAUAACUAGGUUUCAUGAAAAAAGAGUAUAUAGCUGAAAUUAUCUUGACAUUAAAAUUGAGUGUAAAGAGAUGUUGAUCAUCGGUUGCUAGACAAAUUCAUCGAAUCAAAUUUGUUAAUCGAUUCAGUAUUGUGAACUAGAUUUCAAAUGGAUUUUUCCAAUAGUCGUGGAUAAAUAACAGGGAGAGAUUCACUCAAGUAACUCAAAUCGUAUUAUUCUCAUCGAGGAUACAAAUUGAAAAUUUAUUCAAAUUUGAAGGGUAACAUGGUGGAGACUUUGUAAGGAAUUCGCCUUCUAGAAGGAGUCGAGUGUGUUAACGAAUUAACUAACUUAUUGUGAGCCAAACAUGAAUGUACUAUGAUAGGAGCAUUGUUAGCACCAAAUAAAACAUGUGAUGCUGAAUAGAUAGUAAGGAAACCAAAUAUUAAAUAAACUUCGUGAAUCUUAGUAUUGUGAGCCAAUA